AUGGCACUAUGGUGGCAGAUGCUCUUGGGGUUGUGGACAGUCAUGCCCGCAGUGGCAGAGGACAGGCUGGUCAACGUCUGCAUGAAUGCCAAGCACCACAAGCGAGAGCCUGGCCCAGAAGACAAGCUUUACUUAGAGUGCCUGCCCUGGAAGGACAAUGCCUGCUGCACACUGGCCACAAGCUGGGAAGCCCACCUUGACGAGUCCUUGCUCCUUAACUUCAGCAUGAUUCACUGUGGACUGCUGACCCCCGUCUGUCAUAAGCACUUCAUCCGGGCCAUCUGCUUCCACGAGUGUUCCCCGAACCUGGGGCCUUGGAUCCAACCGGUGGCCCCGAACAGUCAGGAAGAGCGGGUUUGGGGUGCGCCACUCUGCUGGGAGGAUUGUGAAGAAUGGUGGAAAGACUGUCAGUCAUCUUACACUUGUAAAUCCAACUGGCUCGACGGUUGGGACUGGAGUCGGGGGAAGAACCGCUGCCCAGAACAGGCACCCUGCCGCCCUUUCCCAGAUUACUUCCCCACCCCCACUGACCUGUGUGAGAAGAUAUGGAGCAGCACAUUCAGGGCCAGUCCUGAGCGCAGGAAUAGUGGACGGUGUCUGCAGAAGUGGUUCGAGCCCACCCAGGGCAACCCCAACACGGAAGUGGCCCUUCACUUUGCCAGCUCUGCCUCAGCCCAGGGGCUUUCUUACACCCUCACAGCCCUCUGUGCCUUUUUUUCCACUUCUGAGGGGCUCCUUCUCCUACCCACAAUCCUUCUGGGCCAUGGCCAUCUCUUUCCUCUGACUAUUCAGGUUGGGUGCAGGCUGGUGCCUGAACAUCCCAUUGCCACCCCAGGUCUCCUCCACUGCUAG